AUGGCCGCGCGGGCUCAGAAUCGAGCCGCCCGGGAUCGUGAACUCGGGGUCCCAGUCGGCAAUGGCGGAGCGGUAGUUGGCGUACACAAGCGCCGCGCCGACAAAGCCGCCGAGGAACUGGGCGAGCAGCUUGCCGGGGAGUUUCUUCCACUGGCCCGGCGUCGGACGCACCAGCGCCAUGCAGAUCGUCACGGCUGGGUUGAUGGUCGGGCUGGGAUCGCUGAAGAAGCCGGACAGCGCGACGGCGGCGGCCCAGGCGAUGUUGAUGGACAGCCAGGUGCCGUAUUGGUAGUCGGAGAGGAGGGCCUGCGCGACCACGCCGUCGCCGAUGACGAUUAG